UGGAAGCGGGAAUUAACAGAUAAACUUUUCAGACAUUUCUCUGGUUAAAUUAGAUUUAAUUACUCAGUUUAAAAGGAGGUCUUUUGCUACUGCCUCUGUCUCAGCUGCUGUCUUUUCCUUUUACCGAGAGGCCAGAAGCAAGAGACAGCAGAGACCAAUAUUCCCCAUCCUGUAUAAUGAAGAUAAUUAACUUCUGAUUAAAGAUGAGGAGAGAGGUUGAUAAAAAGACACCAGCAGCUCCAAAGAUUUCUCACAGCUGCAGCAAACAAUGCCUCGGUCCCCUGACCUUCCACCCUCAGGCUGUGGGACACAAGAUCCGUCUGAGUGAGGGCUGUCGACGUGCAGACAGAAGUGAAAACACCUUCAACGGUGGCCUGGUGUUCAGCAACCGCCCUGUGAGAACCUGUGAGAGGAUCCGGGUGCAGAUCCUGAAGCGGACACCACAAUGGAAGGGAGCGAUCCGUGUGGGCUUCACUAAUGUACCUCCAUCAGGAAGAUCUCGGCCUCUGCCACACAUGGCCAUGCCAAACCUCACAGACACCCCGGGACACUGGGCUAUUCCUGUGCACGAGUCCCGCUGUGGGGAAGGCUCGGUGCUGGAAUUCUGGGUCUCUGCUCAAGGCUACAUACAUGUGAAACCUCAUAACGGCAGGAGGAAAAACUAUCUGAUAAAAGUCGAUCUCCAACAGCCUCUCUGGGCCAUGAUCGAUGUCUAUGGUCAGACAUCUUCCAUCUUCCUCCAGGGCUCAGAGAAAAAGGAAUUGCUUUCCACUAGAAGAUCCUGUCCUGCACCUGAUCCUCUCAUCAGACCUCCUUGCAGUUUCAACCAUGAUUAUAAAGCUCCCAGUAAAAAAUCUGACUUCAUCCCCUUCCUAGACAUGGAAGUACCAGCAGCAGCUAACAGCUGUGUGGUGUGCAUGGCAAGAGAAACUGACACCACACUGUCCUGUGGACACCGCUGUUUAUGCACCCAAUGCACCUCCAGGAUCUUGAGGGAGUUUGGUACCUGCCCGCUGUGUCGCCUAAAGAUAGACACUAUUAUUGAUGAGGAAGUGACUGUUUUCUAGCUGCCUGAUGAAGCUGCCGAGAGCAUUAAUGCCAUCUAUUGAGAGACCGGAGCAAGGAAAGCACUACAGAUUCAGUAACACCUACAGCAAAUUGGAUCUCCUGCUGAGCAGCAUAAUAAUAUUGAUAUAUUUUUUUAACAGCACCUUUCGAGACACUCAAGAUCACAUAAAAAAUUAAAAUACAAAAAUGCAAAUACAGGAAGAUAAAAACAAUUAUGGGGAGGGACAAUAGCAAUGCAUUUACAAAUAAGCGAGCUAGAACAGAUGAGUUUUGAGACUGGUUUUGAAGAAGGAGAGAGUCAAUACUGUGGAGGUCAGAAAGGAGUGAGUUCCAGAGCUGGGGAGCAGAGCGGCUUAAGGCUCUGCUCCCCAGCUGGAUUGAGGAGGAGGAUCUAAGGGAGCGGGAGGAGGUGGUGAUGUGAAUGAGGACUGACAGAUAUGGAGGAGCAAGGUUAUGGAAAGCUUUGAAAGUGUAAAGAAGGAUUUUGAAUUGUAUUCUAAAUCGAACUUGGAGCCAAUGGAGUUGCUGAAGAACAGAUGUAAUAUGAUGGAAAGAGGGGGUUCUGGUGAUGACACGAGCUGCUGAGUUCUUAAGAAAUUGGAUUUUAUGGAGGGAUUUAUGAGGAAGGGCAAAAAGAAGAGAAAUACAAUAAUCAAGACGGGAGGUGAUGAGUCUGUGCAUAAGGACAGAGGCAGUGUGUGUGGUAAGGGAGGAACGGAGGCGGUUAAUGUUGCGAAGGUGGAAGUAUGCAGACCGGGUAAUUUUAUUUAUGUGUGACUGAAAGGAUAGGGAGGAGUCGAGGAUGACACCUAGACUUUUGACGUGAGAGGAGGGGGAGACCAAGGAGUGAGAAACUACUGAUUUUGGAUAGGGUGAAUUUGGUGGUGACGAGGAGGAGUUCGGUUUUAUCACUGUUUAGUUUCAGGAAGUUUGAGGUGAACCAGUCUUUAAUUUCAAGUAAGCAGUUAGUAAGGGACAAGGGGGGGAAAUGGAGGAAGUGGGUAUACUGGAUAAAUAAAGCUGGAAGUCAUCCGCGUAACAGUGAAAAUUAAUGGUAAAUUUGUGCAAAAUACUGCCAAGGGGAAAGAGGUAGGUGAUAUAGAGGAGGGGGCCAAGAACUGAGCCUUGAGGGACACCAGUAGUGACAGAGGAAGGGUGCGAUGUAAAAGAUUUGAGUUGAAUAAACUGAGUGUUGGAGACAUAUGAGCGGAACCAGUCAAGAGAGGUAUGAGAGAUUCCAAGAGAGGUUAAUCUAUUAACUGGAAUGGGAUGAGAAAUGGUAUCAAAGGCCACACUAAGAUAGAGGAGGAUGAGGAUGGAGAGGAGUCCAGAAUCUGCAGCUGUGAGGAGAACAUUUGUGAUUUUUAUUAGGGCGGUUUUAUUACUAUGGGAGGGGCGAAAACCAGACAGGAAAGGCUCGUAAAGACUGUUGAGGGUAAGACAGGUGUGGAGUCGAGCAGACACACAUUUUUUCGAGUAUUUUAAAAAUAAAGGGGAGAUUUGAGACAGGACGAUGAUUGUUAUAAUUAGUGGGAUCAGAACCAGGUUUUUUCAUAAUCGGGGAGACAGGUGCAGGUUUCAAAAGUGAGGGGACAAUCCCAGAGGAGAGUGAGGAAUGAAUAAUGGAAGUAAUGAAGGAGAGGAGGGAGGUUGGACAGGUUUUAACCAGAGAUGUGGGGAAGGGGGUCAAGAGAACAGGUUGAGGACUGGGAUUUACAGAUGAGAUCAGA